UGACGUAAGGAGCGGAAGUGGAGCCGGGCUCCGCGGGAGGAUGUCCGCGGGGGUCUCGCGGGCCGGAGGGGCUCCGCGGGGUUUGACGAAGCGAGUCCUGGUGACCGGAGGCGCCGGCUUCAUUGCUUCCCAUGUGAUAGUUUCCCUCGUGGAAAAGUAUCCUAACUAUAUAAUCAUUAAUCUGGAUAAGCUGGACUACUGUGCAAGCUUAACAAAUCUUAAGACAGUUUCUGAGAAAGAGAACUACAAAUUUGUUCAGGGAGACAUCUGUGAACCCAAUUUCAUAAAAGAAUUAUUUGAGACUGAGAAAAUUGAUAUAGUGUUACAUUUUGCAGCUCAAACGCAUGUAGAUCUUUCAUUUUGGCACAAACUUGAGUUCAACUAUGUUAAUGUUUAUGGAACGUACAUUCUGCUUCGGGCUGCUUAUAAGGCUAAUGUGGAAAAGUUUGUAUAUGUCAGCACUGAUGAAGUUUAUGGAGGAAGUUGUGAUAAGGAAUUUGAUGAAUCUUCACCCAAACAACCCACAAAUCCUUACGCAACAUCUAAGGCAGCGGCUGAAUGCUUUGUCCAAUCUUACUGGGAAAGAUAUCAGUUUCCAGUGGUUAUAACACGGAGCAGCAACGUUUAUGGACCCCAUCAGUUUCCAGAAAAAGUUAUUCCUAAGUUCAUUUCUCUCUUACAGCAGAACAGAAAAUGUUGCAUCCACGGUUCAGGGCUUCAGAAAAGAAAUUUUCUUUAUGCUGGUGACGUAGCAGAAGCAUUCCUCACCGUUCUGAAGAAAGGGCAGCCAGGCGAAAUCUACAACAUUGGAACCAGUUUUGCAAUGUCUAUUACCCAGCUUGCAAAGGAAUUAAUCCAUCUUAUUAAAAAUACUAGUUCAGAAGCUGAGAUAGAACACUGGAUGGAUUAUGUUAAAGACAGACCUACAAACGACAUGGGAUAUCCAAUGAAUUCUGGAAAGAUGUAUAGUUUGGGCUGGAAACCCAAGGUCUCUUGGAACGAAGGAAUCAAGAAAACAAUUGAAUGGUAUCAAGAGAACUUCCACAACUGGAAAAAUCCAGAAAAGGCUUUGGAACCAUUUCCUAUUGCUGGAGAAUCUGUAUGAAUUUGAAUGCAUCAGAGCUGGAAGGGAAUAAAAAAAGAAAUCAUACUACCUCAAGAACACAUUAAGAAAAAAAAAUGGAGUAAUUGAAGGUGCAUUGUAUUCAAGAAACAAGUAGCAGAAUAGAAUGGAAUUUUUGAAUUCCCAAUGUGAUCCUCUUUGGGACCAAAUUAAUUUCACAAACACUCUAGUACUGAAGCUUUAAAAUGAUAUUUCAAGACAACAACAUUUUUCCCUUUAAAAUUGCACUUUAAAGUAGCUCUUUUGUAUUGUUACAAUAUUGUAUUAUCAGUAUUAUUAAAAUGUAGACAAUUUUUUAUACUUAAGGUAGGCAUACUCUUUUUUUAAAAAAAAAAUAAUUUUUAUUUCCAUUUUCCAACAUCAUAUUUAUGUACAAACUAUUAUCCAUCAUUAAUCAUUAAUUUUUAUUUAUUACUAAUUCAGGCGUGCCCGAUUGCCACUUUCUUUCUUCACAACCUCCCUCUCUACCCUCUACUACUUUCACAUCCUUCCUCUCCUUCACUUUACUACUUCCUCUCCUCCUUCUCCACUCCUCCCUUCUUCCACCCUAUCUAACCUUCUUAUUCCCCUCCUCCUUCUCUACUCUUUCCUACCUACUUUCUUCCCUCCUUCUACUCCUCUCUCCUUUUCUUUCUGAAAUAGCAGUCGAGCAUCCCCAAUAUCAUUUUAAAUUUUAAUUUCAUAUCUUCAAAAAUUACUGUACAUUAAUAAUCAAUCCAUGUAUCAUUUUUCCCCCAUUUCCCCCCUCCUCCCCCUUCCCCCCCCCCUUCAUCAUGUUUACCAGAGGACAUUAGUAUUCGGUUCCUUUUUAAAAUACUGUCCUGUGCUGAUUGAUGUCUGAUGAUUCCAGAGCUGAAUUGAAAAGAUGGGAAUUUUUCUACUUGCUCAACAGGAAUUGAUUUGUGGACAUUCAGGUCAUAUUUUAACAGAAUAAAAAUAUAUUUCAGUUAUAUUUUAUAUUUGUUUUAUAAAAAUAUUCUGUGUGAAAUGAUAAAUUACUAGAUUCCUUUAAGGGUAAUGAGUGUUUUAAGAUUCAUAUAAAGCAAGGGUGUCAAACUGGCGGCCUGUGGGCCAGAUAUGUCACCUGCAGGCCACACCCACCUCAGCUCCGUGAAUGGGGAAAACGUCACGAAACAUCACAUGACAGCAACAUGAC